GAAAGAGGCUGAGUGAAGAAGAAAUGGUGGGUGAAGGAGAUAAUGGCAAGAUCCAUACCCAGAAGCAGAAGAAGGCUUCUGAGUACGAACAAUCCAGGGAAGAAAGAAUAAAGGAAAAUCUCGAAAGAAUGAGAAAGCUGGGCAUAUUUGAUCUCUCUCUCAAGUUUAAGUCUAUCAAGCCCAUCAAGACUUGCAAACCCUCUCAGCGACUCUCUGUGUCUCCUUUGCCUCCUUCUCAGCCCACUCGCCGCUCCUCCAGGCUGCAAAAUGCUUCACCUGUUAGCUACUCUGAAAUGCCAUUGGGAAAGAGUGCCAAGUCUUUGUGUGUUGAGGAUGAGGAUUUGCUGAAGGGGGCUGGUGGUUCAAGGCCUGAGAUAUAUACAGAAGAGCAUGAGAAGCUGUUGGGUAGCACUGAUAUGAGUUGGGAUCUAUUUGUGGAUGGAUAUGGAAUGGAUGGGAAGCGAAUUUAUGAUCCUUUCAGGGGGAAGACUUGUCAUCAAUGUCGGCAGAAAACUAUGGGCCUUCGUACUCAUUGCUGGAAAUGCAACAAGGUCCAGGGACAGUUUUGCGGAGAUUGUUUAUUUAUGAGGUAUGGAGAACAUGUGGUUGAAGCCAACCAGAACCCAGACUGGAUUUGCCCUGUUUGUCGGGGAAUUUGCAACUGCAGCUUGUGUAGACAAGCAAAGGGCUGGGCUCCUACUGGUGCUCUCUACAAGAAGGUUACCGGAUUGGGUUACAAGUCAGUUGCACAUUAUCUCAUUCAAACCCGACAAGCAAAGACUGAUCAUCCUGAGAAUAAUUCACCUAAUGACGGGGUUCCUGAGAAGAGAUCCUUGCCUGUUUCUGAUGUGAAAACAGAAUCUGUUGUAACCGAUAAAGAACCUUCUGAGGCACGCAAUGAAACUCAAGCUGAAGAGAAAAGAAUGGAUUAUGAAUCCACUGAUGGGGCUUGCUCUGAAAAUGAUGAAACAAAUCCUAAGGUGGUGGAUAAAGGAUCUCAUAUUGUAGUAAAAGUUGAACAUGAUUGUGAAAAUGCAGUUUUGGGAGUUGAAAUUACUCCAAAACCGCCUGCUACUUAUGACAAUGAGGUAGUAAUAGAAGGUAGCAAAUUUAGCGAUGGUUCUGAUGGGAUUCUUAGACCAGAAAUAAGUCCCGAGUCCAAGAAGACACAUAUUUGUUCUGCUGAACCAAUCCUAGACAGCAUUGCUGGAAGACUAAGGGGGAGGCGGCCUGGCAGAAGCAAUAAAAAUGAUUCUGAUGACAAACCCUUCGAUAGUAUUAUCACACCAGAAACAAGUCUAAAGUCCAAAAGGAAGCGACAAGAAGUCGAGCCAAUCCCCGAUAGCAUUGCUGGAAGGCUAAGAGAGAGGCGUGCUAGAAACAAUUGAUAUCAGUAGUCUCAGCAUUAGUUGCCCCCGACUGGCUUCGAAAUUUUUGACAGGUGUUCAAACCUAUAUUGCAUCUCCAGAUGUGUGUGCAUUGUGAUUCUAGGAAGCUGAAAGACAUGAACCUCUGCAAAUUGGAACUUGUUUGACAUUGUAAGAAAUAUUUUUGUUUGCAACACAAAACUAGCAAAUGAGAUUGUUGCAGCUUUAAGAUUGAUAUCCAUUCCUGGUUUGUCAUUUGAAAACCACACAAGACUUUAAUUUAAUAGAUAAUCUCCUUCAAUUUGGGCA